ACACGAUUUACCGUUUUUAGUACUGGACCUCUGUGGAGCAUUGAUUUGCGUGUUUGCUCUGUACUUUUGACUGUUAAAAUGUGUUUAUUUUGUAAUUAAACUAUAUUAGUUUCGUGUUUGAGCAACAAAUAUAAAUACUCGCAUCCUUCUGAAAACUAUCAAAGAAACCGCAAAUAUUCAGCUGGUGUGAAAGAAGUGAAAAGUUGCGUACCGAAAGGCGUGGGUUCUACCAAUACUAGAAAAUAGAAGCAAAGCAAGAGAUUAAGCGUGUCCUCCUGUAUGUACAUAUGUGUGCGUGUGCGCCUUCAAGAUUUUGGCUCAUAUGCCCAAAUUUGUUUUUGAUCCGAUUGAAGCACAAUAAAUAUUAAGCAAACAAAAAACGCGAUUAAUUGGAAAUCGGAUUCAAAAAUGUGUCUUUAAACUGAAUAAAAAUGAUAACGGUACACACACACGUACACAAACACUGCCAACAGCAACUCUUCGCCGACAUCGCAGCCGCACCUACGUUCAUACAUAUAUUGAGAUAGUGUGUGUGUGUAUAUAUUAUAGUGGGUGUUUAUAGAGAUGUACGUAGGCACCAAAUUAAAUCAAAUAAAAUACAUGUAAUGAGUGGCAGCGAUUCAAGCGAUAAUUAAAUGAAGAAUUGUUUAAAUAAAUAAUCAAUUUAUACAAGGCAAAUACCAAUACACACGCAGAAUCAACCAACCAGCCAACCAACAUAUGUACGUAUGUAGUCUCACACCUACAUACACACACACACCACAAAAAAGGCAUAGAGAGCUAGAGUGAGAGAGAGAGAGAGAGAAAGCACGGUGCCAAAAAGGAACGUCAAAAGGAAGAAGCAGCAGCAGCAGCACACAGCAUCGGCGCGUUGCGGGAAGAUUGAAAAUAAACGUGUAGUAGAGAAUUUUUGAAGCACACUCCACACACACACAUACAUAGCCAACCAACCAACCGCCCACUGCCGCCGUUCUCCCCAGCGAACAUACAUACAGACAAACACUCACGCACACGCAGACACUCAUACAAACACAGAGACUCGUAUGCGCGAAAAGAAGUGUAAGCCGUGCACAGUUGCUGGUGUUGUUGCUGCUGUUCCUGUUAGCCGCUGCUACUGCCGCUGCCGCUGCCGCCAAAGGACGACAGACGCGACGGCGACGGCGACGAUAACGCCAACGAGCACGACAACGGCGCAGCAGAGGACGUGUUGUUGCUGCUGCUGUUGAACCCAACGCAAAUGGCAGACCCUCUGAGCGGGCCCUGCUUUUGAGACAUGUCGUAAUGGCCAGAGAGGAGUCUCGCAGCAAGCGACCACUAAAGAUUUGGGAUAGUUGGCGAAAUGUGCGCAAAGGCGUCGUAGUUGGUACAUUCGAGGAGCUAUUGGUGCGUGGGAAGGAUAAAUUGGGGGUUCCUGCCUCAGAACCCGUGCGCGUUGUUCUGGAGUGUGAUGGAACCCAAAUUGAGGAUGGCGAAUACUUUCGCACCCUGGCCAACAAUACGGUACUCUUGCUGUUGAGGCAGGGCGAACGAUGGUAUCCAACGGGCGUGGAUGUCAUAAAGGCUGCUAUAUCAGCUAUACCGAAAAUCGUCUGUGAGACGAUUCAUGCACUGGAACUGCACGAUGAGACGCCAUCUUGGAAGAUUAUGGAUAACAAAGGGCGUGUCACGGUCGUACUGCACUGGGAUCAGCGCCAGGGUGGUGGAGGAGGUGGAGGUGGAGGAGGUGGCGGCGGCGGGGGAGGAGGUGGUGGUGGAGGCAUGUGCAUGGGCGCCGGCCUGGGCAGCAGCAACGGGUUGCUGUCGUCCGACAAAUACUCGCCCUCGAAGAAGGGCCUCUCUGCGCAAAGCUCGCUGGACAACAAGUCCGUGUCGUCGCAAUCCUCACAGCAACGCUAUGCCAGCCCACAAAUAACGGUGAUCAGCGACGAGGGACCGGCUAGCAUUUACCAUCCGGGCGGAGUUGUCCUGCCGCCAGGCGUUGUGAUACCUGGCAGCGGCAGCAGUCGUCGGCUAUCCAAGCAGGGCGGCUCCUUCGAUAGCGCCGUCGGUGCUGUCCAUGUGCAUACGCCAGAGUGUGCACAUCAUGCCCAUACGCCCAGCCGGGCGGGCAGCCCGAGCACCACGGAAUGUGAUUUCCACUGCUGUGCACUGCACGAGGAGGGACGAAAGAUAGCCGUGCACAAGAGCGUGGCCACGUCGCCCAUACAGGAUGGCAGCAGCAGUCCGCAGCCGCAGCUGCAGGCGGGGCAUCAGGCGACGCUGGCGAUGUCGUCAUCGGUUAUGGAUCCUAUGCUAGGCGGUAGCGGCAGCAUGCAGCGACGCUCGUCGGGCGCCAAGGGUCAUGUACGAUUCCUGGAUAUAGCACCCGAACGCGACAGUUCGGAGAGUGAGACGGAGAACACGGUGAUGGAGGAUGAUAAGACGACGACAGAGAAAUUCCUGCUGUUGAUCGAUCAGCUGUCUGUUGACCAGAAGCGGCAUCUUAGCAUCAAGGACAUCGGCAUCAUACUGGAGCGCCUCAACUCCAAGAUACUCGAUGUGGAGCGUUUGGAUCGUGAAUCGGAAUCAGAUGAUUGCUACAAUUGGACGAUAAAGGCGACAAUACGCGGCGAUGCGCUGCGCGAACUGGGCGUCAUCUACAAUGGCAACUACUAUGCCAUAUCCGAGCAUCCUGGCUACAAGGAGGAGCUCGAGGAGAACGGCGAGGAGGUCGAGGAGGAGGACGAAGAGGAUAGAAUUUAAAAGCAACAAAAGAACAAAACCAAAACCAAAACCAAAUAACUUGCAUAAAUUAACAUUAAAUUGCAAAUGGCAACAUGAAAUGAAAGGUAUCAAUAAUAAGCGCAUUUUAGACAGGACACGCGCCACGCCCCCCGCAACCCACACACUUUCACACUCAUCUAAAAGAAAACUUAAUAUGAACUAUGAAAAAGCGAAAAUUAAGAGUAAAAGGAAAAGGCAACAGCACAUUGUACAAUAGCGAAGUAAGCAACAAAGUGAAUAACAAAUCCAAACAACACACAAACAACAUUAACAUAAAGGAUAUAUAUGAAACAAAAAUGAGAUUAAGGAUAACAAAUUCCAGCAGCCAAUAGGAACGAAAAUGUUUUUUCGUAGCAUUUAGCGAAUUUGUCAUUUUGGCCGGGAAACAGCUCCCAAAAAAGUUGUAAGCGAUAAGCGAUAUAAAGCACAUACAUAUAUAUAUAUAUAUAUAUGUAUAUAUAUGUAUGUAUAUAUAUAUAAACUAAAAAGGUACUUCUGUUAUUUAUUUUGUAUCAUUAUCAUUGACAUGAGCAUUGCCAUUAUGAUUAUUAUAAUUAUUGUUGUUAUCGAUUGAUUUGUGUGUCAAACAGCCUAGCGCAUGCCUUAUUUAGUUGUAAAAAGAAGAAGAAAUGUCCCCUGAAAUGCAAACUAAUUUUUACCAA